UAAUCGAAGGAAAGAAAAGUACUUUCCAAAACCGGGUAGUAUUCUUUCUGAACAUAGAAACAACAUUGUUUCUACUAUGGAGACCAGUGAAAUAAAGAAGGAAAGAUCAACUGAAUUGAUUUGCCGCUUGUGCUUUGCGGAACGUGAACACUAUCAGUUGAUUUUCGUGGACGAUCAUUCAUCGCUGAAUGAAUGGAUUGAGAAUCUCACAACUUUGAAGAUUAUAAAUGUUCCAAACGCGCCAGCUUCGUUAUGCUUAGAAUGUGAAAAUACAUUACAACAUUAUGAAUCGUUUCGUGAAAUGUGUUUCACCAAUGAUCGUGUAUUCAAAGAGAUGUUUACACAGGAUGAUCCAAGGAAAGACCAUACCACUGUUUCAAAUAAUAUGCCAGAAGUAAGGGAAGUUAAAAUUGAUUACAGCGAGAACGACAAUGACAUUUUGGACACCGCAAUUUCACAGACAGAAACUGCUGAAAUUACAAUAGAGUAUCCGGAUAUAAAAACAGAAGCAGCACUCAAUUCGGACGGAAACAGUAAUGACAAAAUAAGAGCAAAGUUAAGUCGUGAAACAGAACCGGUUCACAAACUCGAAAAUAAUGAGUCUCUCUUGAAAAAGGGAAACAAGAAAAAGAAACAAUUUAUAUGCAGUUUUUGUGAUAAGGAAUUCACGAGAGCGAAAGGAUUAACAAUUCACAUACGAAGCCACACACAGGAAAGACCGCACAAGUGUAAGGACUGUGAUAAAUCAUUCAUCACACACAGCAGUCUGAACCGGCAUACGCUUACUCACAGCGGCUUAAAACCAUACAUAUGCGACAUGUGUCCAGCGAAGUAUUCUCAAUCUUCUCAUUUAGUGUACCACAAACGAGUCCAUACUGAGGAAUACGAAAAGGGUAAAAAGCAAUGUACAAUCUGCAACAAGUUUGUACAUAAAUUGAAUCUACAUCAGACUAUUCACAAUGAAACAAAACGCUACCAGUGCGAAUACUGUCCCAAAUCAUUCCACCAGAAGUACAAUCUAACAAAACACAUUCGGAAGCACACCAAAGAGAAACCAUAUGUUUGCAGUCAUUGUAACAAAGGAUUCACGAGUUCGGCCGAAUUGAUGAUUCACAUUAGAAGUCACACAAAGGAGAGACCGUACAAGUGUAAGGACUGCAGUAAAUCGUUUAUCACAAUCGGCCAUUUAAUACGGCAUAAGCUAACUCACAGCGAUAAAAAAUCAUUCUCCUGUGAUAUGUGUCAAGCGCAUUUUGCUCAAAAAUACCAUUUGGUACGACACAAACGAGUACACACGAAGGAAUCCCAGAUGAACCCAACCAAUAUGGCAGCAGAAAAACUUCAAGUCCAACAAGUUUAAGGCGUUGAAAAGUUAUAUCGAAAAAUAAACAAUUUAAACUUAAAAACUUAUUCC